AAAAAAAAAAAUUGGUGGAAUUUUUGAGUAUAAAAAGACGACGAGCCAACCGAUUGGCAUAUCAGUUUACCUUCCUCAUUCAAACAGUGAGAAUUAAGUAUCAAAUUUAAGUGCAAAAUGAAUACCCUCUGUAUUGCAGCCGUAUUGUCAGUGAUCGCUAUUUGCCAAGCUGGGCAUUUGGCGGCACCAUUGGCCUACAACGCACCUCUCUCUAUCCCAUACACCGCCGCCGCUUAUCAAUCUCCAUUGGCCUAUCAACCAUUUUUGAACGCAGCCGCUUAUCAAGCUCCAUUGGCAUACCAAGCUCCAGUGGCCGCCGCUUACCAAGCUCCAGUGGCCGCUGCUUACCAAGCUCCAUUAGCCGCAUAUCAACCAGUUUUGGCUGGUCGUUCGUUGGCCUAUAGCUCAGCACCAGUUUUAGCAGCAAAUUCCUUGGCUUACAAUAAUGCCGUUUUAAGAUCCGCUCCACUUGUCAGCGCCGCAGCUGCCCCCCUCUCUCUCCCAAUUGCUAAAACUGCAUCAUUUGUCGCACCUGCUGCCCCUGUUGUCCAAGCACCUGCCGUCGUGAGAGCAGCCCCAGUUGUCCAAGCUCCUGCCGUCGUAAGAGCAGCACCAGUUGUCCAAGCACCUGCCGUUGUAAAAGCAGCCCCUGUUGUCCACGCAGCACCCGUUGUUGCUGCGCGAUUCGAAGAAGCCGACGCUUAUCCACAAUAUAGCUAUGGAUACAAUGUUCAAGACGCUUUGACUGGUGAUUCAAAAACCCAAGAGGAAACUCGCGAUGGUGAUGUUGUCAAAGGUUCAUACUCAUUGAUCGAACCCGAUGGUAGCCGCAGAACCGUCAACUACUACUCAGACCCAGUCAACGGUUUCAACGCUGUAGUACAAAAAGAUUUGCCAGUUGCUACACCUGUUGUUGCCGCCAAACAAGUUGUUGCUCCAGUCGCAGCCAAAGCUGUCGUUGUUUAAGGAUCAUUUGUUUAUCUUCCCCCCAAAAAUGCGAACCGCCUUCCUAUUCGAAACACUUCACCUCUGAUAGCAUUUAGUAUAUUCUCUUUCUUAUGCAACACUUGAAGAAUUGGACGCAGAAGAAUCGCCCACCCGAUGAAAACAAAUUGAAAUGUGAUUUUUCCCUCGGAAAUGAAAAGUUGUGUGUAUCUCAUAUGUUGAUUAUAUGUUGAGCAUACCACUAGUCACUUAAACCAAAACCAGCCAAGCCCAGCCAAACACAUACACACACACAGUCACCAUCAAAGCAAAGCGAUUCAAUACUGCACAAUACAACAAGGGUUUAUUCAUUCAAUACUUUUUCUAAUUCCAUU